AUGGGGCUGUAUACUACACUCAUUGUUAUUGCGCUUGCAAUAAUUUGUGAGAAUAAUUUUGUUACAAGCCGGGCCUGCAAUGGACGAAGUACUGUAAUUCAAGUGAGGGUACCAUCAAAGACCAACGUCACUAUCAAAUAUCCAUCUGAAAUCGAUCCUGUGAAAUUUGUACCAAAUCCGACCAAAAAAGACCCUCAAUGUUUCAAAUGUCGUAACAAUAGAUGUGAAAAAUGUAACAAUUUUAAUCCGAAUGCAAGAACAGUAUUGGAUCGUAGACCAACGUCACGGACUAAUAUUGUUAUAGAUCUCAAAGGAAAACAUCCUAAAAAAGGCAACGAGGCUAAAGACAAGGAUAUUUACGAUACUCUUGUGUAUGUUGGAGAUAAAAAUACAGCCACCAGUGUUAGCAACUCGACAGCUAAAGCAGCACAGGGCGCUGCAGCUUCGACAUCAGCAGCAGCUUCGACAUCUAACACUGAUUUAAUUGCUGCCUUUAACGAGAAAAAUAACGGAACUUCUGGCAAUACAGAAGACGUAUACGUAGAGGAUAGUUCAAAAUCAAGUGCAAAUAGUUCAGCCCAAGCAACAGCUGGAAAAUCAGAUCCAAGCAAAACGGAUUCAAACCAAAAACCAAAUAUUUCACCUCAAAAGCAAGCAGAACCACCCCAACAGCCCUCUCCAGCUCAGAAUGGAAGUCCAGGACAACCUCAAAACCCAAGUUCACAGCAGCAACCGACAUCUGGGCCGGAACCAACAAAACAAACACCAGACAACUCCGGUCCAAGUCAACAGCCAACGCCAGGAGGAGAUAAUGCAGCAUCACCCAGUUCCGCUGACGCAGGAUCUCCUCCCAACCCUGCACCGUCAGGUAACCCACCAGAUGCACCCGCAACUCCUGCCGCCGAAUCACCAGCUCCAACAUCCCCGGCUGCUGAACCACCAGUUCCAGAAACACCAGCAGCUGAAAACCCAGCUCCCGAAACUCCGGAAGCACAAUCACCACCUGCCGAAUCACCACCAGCCGAAUCACCACCUGCAGAAUCCCCACCUGCUGAAACACCGGCUGCCGAUGGACCGUCUUCUUAA